UUGUGUUGUGUUUUUUAAUGACAAUUCAAUAGACAUUUGAAAACAACAAUUCAGUUAUUUUAUUGUAUGUAUUGCUUGACUGACUGUUUUAUUGUGAGAAAGUGUUUAACCGAUUGAGACAUCAAUUGAUUGAUCACAUGUUAACACAAACCGUUUUCAGUGAUUUUGUUUAAUAGUCUAAAAUCAAUUGAUUAUUAUAUAAUAAAAUGUAAUUAAAUUUGUUUAUGUUGUUGACUAUUACAAUAAAUGAUCAAGUAUUUAUUUAUGAGAUUAAAAUACAAUGAAUGCACAAGAAGUGAAUCAAUCGAUGAUUGGAUGUCAUUCUUAUGGUAUCUUUUGGGAUAUCGAGAAUUGUGGUAUUCCUCAGUUGGAAAGAGCGGCUACUGUUGUCCAAAGUGUCAAAACAUUUAUAAGAAGCAAAUUUGAAGGACUGGUCGGUGAACAGCCGGAGCCGUGUGUGUUCUACUGUUCGUGUGACACACGAAACUUGGAUCCCCGACACGUGGAAGGGCUUAACCGAACCGGUGUCGACAUUCUGCACGUGAAUCCGGUGCGCGUACCGCCUAAUAAAGUCGACGCCGACACUAAGCUAAUGGAAUGCAUCCAGAAGUUUGUCGAUCACCACAACAACAAAUGUGCCGUUUUUGUCAUCACCGGUGACAUUGACUUUGCACCGGCUAUUCGUUCAGCUAAACGGCGAGGCUUUCAAGUAAUACUAUUGUAUGGAUCUAAUUGUUCUGAAGAUUUGAGGAACUGUGCCACAGAAGCCCAUUCUUUCUAUGAUAUCAUCAGUAGUCGCGAAAAAGAGAUUCGCUUAAACAAUACUCGUGUCAUAAGAGAUACUUUACCCACUAUUUUGCCACAUUUGGCUAAUGGACCAAAUGUUGCCACCACUUCCAAUAGAUUGGUCAAUGUUUCGUUGGCAACUAACGAGACAAUUAAUACAGAUGUCUCUCAAAAGGAAAGUAAUAUAUCACCUAAAAGACAAAUACGACAACAAAUUAACGAUUCAACUGACAAAUUGGUUGAAUUUGAUCCGAAAAAGUUAUCAACAGUUCUGGAAGUGACUGGAGUUGAACGACAUAUAGCUCUUAGAGUACUUGAGAUUUGCAACGGAGACGUCGAGAUGACUAUCAAUACAAUAAUCAGUGAUUAAAUAUAAUGUGUAAAACAUAUUUAACAUAUAACUGGUCUUAUUAUUACAAUUUUUUUAUAAAAUAUUUUGACCAUAAAAUUAU